AUGUCCGAAGAAACAGAAGUCACGACAGCGCAAGCUCCGGGAGUCGCAUCGCCGGUGCUCCCCGGCAUGACCGACGAACAAGCGCUCGUUAUGGCGCCAUCUACCGAGGUGGCCACGCCAGCGCCCAAGAAAGUCAAGAAGAUAAUCCGUAAGAAGCGGCCAGCGCGACCGCAAGUCGACUCCUCAUUCAUCACGUCCGAACCGCCGCCGCAGACGGGCAUCAUCUUCAACAUAUGGUACAACAAGUGGUCGGGCGGCGAUCGGGAGGACAAGUACAUGUCCAAGACCGCGGCGAAGGGCCGGUGCAACAUCGCCAAGGACAGCGGCUUUACACGCGCCGACAAGGUUACGGGCUCGUAUUUCUGUCUGUUCUUCGCGCGCGGCAUCUGUCCCAAGGGCCAGGACUGCGAGUACCUGCACCGCCUGCCCGGCAUCCACGACCUCUUCAACCCGAACGUGGACUGCUUUGGACGCGACAAGCAUUCGGAUUACCGCGAUGACAUGGGUGGUGUUGGCAGCUUCAUGCGACAGAACCGCACAAUCUAUGUCGGAAGAAUACACGUCACGGACGACAUAGAAGAGAUCGUAGCCCGCCACUUCGCAGAAUGGGGCCAAGUCGAGCGCGUGCGCGUACUCAACACCCGCGGGGUGGCCUUCAUCACGUACACAAACGAGGCGAACGCGCAAUUUGCCAAGGAAGCCAUGGCGCACCAGUCGCUCGACCACAACGAGAUCCUCAACGUGCGGUGGGCCACAGCAGACCCCAAUCCGAUGGCGCAGGCAAGAGAGUCGAGACGGGUCGAGGAGCAGGCAGCGGAGGCGAUCCGAAGGGCGUUGCCCGAGGAGUUCGUGGCCGAGAUCGAAGGCCGGGAUCCCGAGGCGAGGAAACGGCGGAAGAUCGAGAGCGGGUUUGGCCUGGAGGGGUAUGAGGCGCCGGACGAUAUAUACUUUGCGCGGGGAGCACAGUCUGUGAACCCGUCAGGACGGCCGGGCUACGAGCUGGAGCACGAGCAAAGACUAAUGAUCGAGAAUGGCGACGUUGGCGGGCAUGACAUGGCGUUCUCAUCAGGAGGCAAUGGGGUACAGCAAGAGGCGGUACAGGAUAAUGGCAUCUUUUCAAGCAGCACGUUGGCAGCGCUGAAGACAGCCAAGGUCUUGACAGGACCGAAAGCCAAGGCGGCGUCGGGACCGUUGGUAGCAUACGGUAGCGACAGCGAGGAUGAUGAAUGA